UUCGCGGCCGUGGCCGGCUACGCUCUCCCGUAGGAAAAUGGCGGCGCAGUCUGACCCGGUGUUGUUUUGAAAGGUGCGUUUUCGAUGACGAGCGAGCGACUGCGAGGCCGCGAUCCGAGCACCAUGGAUAUCUCGAGCAUGCUCGAGGUACAGGUGAAGGUGGAGGCGGACAUCAAGGAGAACGUGACACCAGGAAAGGAGAAGGCGCCCAGCACGACCGGCACGACCACCACAUCGGUCUCCCAGGAGGAGAGCAAUUACUACAAGCUCAUGUUCGGCAACGAUAUCGCAGCCGUACGAUUCCGUAGAAUUCACUGCACAGCCUGCGACGUGCACAUCGGUUCCGCCCCGGCUCAGGCUCAUAACAUGUUCGAGCAUCCUGUGCUCCGUACAUUAUUGUGCGCGAGUUGUCGUGAGUUUUAUGGAGAUGGCAGUUUUGAACAGGGUGAUGACGCUACAGAUAUGUUUUGUAGAUGGUGCGCGAACGGUGGCAAUUUAUACUGUUGCUCGUAUUGCAGCAACACAUUCUGUUAUAAAUGUAUAAGGAGAAAUUUUCCACCUCUGGUGAGAAAGAAGAUCGAAGCGGACGAGAAAUGGAAGUGCUUUGUAUGCAAUCCGAGUGAUUUGUAUAGUGGGAGAGCUGUGUGUUGGGCUCUACUUCAACACGUGCAAACUGUGACAAGGAUUCUUGCGCACGACAAGAAGAUGACCGCUCAGGAAGUCGAGGAGAAGAUGAAUUUUGAUGAAACAACGUGUUGUCCGCGCAGAAAUAAACGUAAGCGUCGAAGACUUGAAUCCAAUUCCGAGGAGGAAGACGAAACGUACACGCCUAAAGUCAAUGGGGCACCUGCGUACAUAAAACGUAAACCACUAAAAAGACAAAGAUUGAGCAGCCAAUCCACUACGAACGGCAUUGUUACGAAAGAAGUGCAGUUUUACAGACCGCCGAUUCCCAUUAGACCGCGACCGGCAUCGUUUCUGAGCGGCCGAUCUCUUGAUACUGAAUCGAAUUCUACGAUCAGUCACGAAAAUUCAGUCACGAAUGAAUGGACUGAAUUGAAGGCGAAACGUAUCGUCCUUUCAUCGCCUAGCAUAAUAAAAUCGAAUACCUCGUUACCAUCGCGAUUCGAUCCUAAUGCGUUGCAGCGACAGCCUCCCUUGUAUCACGCGUCUUUCAUGAACACUAAGGGAUCUGCCGCUUACAUUCAUACGCCUGUGAACGCCACGGUGAAUCCGACGAGAAUCAUUCUUCCGCCACGGCCGCAGCAACAGUCGACGUCGUAUCAAUCUCAGCAGGCGAGCUCGUAUCAGUCGUUGCAGCCGCUUCAAUCUUCGCCAAACACGAUGGUGUCGAUACCUAAUCCAGUGGACAAGCACGGAAGACCUGUAUUACUGCUUUCAAAGCCGGAAGAAUUGAAUAUAACUCCUAAUAUAAUCGAGCUCGACAGCGACUCCGAUGACGAAAAGGUCACGCGGCAAGAAAACUUGACGACCGCUGAGAGCACUCGUAUGAACGUUAAUACUUUUUCCAAGAAAGUUGUACCUGUUGCUCUCACCUGGGAGAAUAGUGAUGACGAUGUCGUGAGGGAAGAACAGCCCUUGAGAGAGCUCCGCGCGAUUAUAGAAAAGGAACUUUCCUUCAGUGAAAUAAUGUUGCCACAUAGCCGAGAACUCGACAAAGUUUUAACUAGAGCGAAGGGAAAAAUGUAUAAUUUAUUUGACGUGAACAAGGGAGGCGAGAACGUUGAAGCGGAGGCCGAACAAAGAAUCAGGCAUUUCUCCUGCAAAAUGCGUGACACACUCUUUCAGUUAGUGGACAUUAACGAUAGAAUAAUACGCCAAUACGCUGAUUGGAGGAGAUCUCGGAAAACAGAAACGUCUUCGAUCAACGAAAAUACAUUAGUAUCCCAAGAAAAUGUAGAUAUUCCUUUAGAUAUGGUUUGCGUCAAUGAUUCUGAUCCCGAACCCGAGAGCGAGAAUCAGAAUUAUCUGAUCAGGGAACCAACUGAUGCAGUUAAAAACAGUAAUGUUAUUAAAGAUUUGUUAACUGUAACUAAGAAGAGUGUAGUGCAUCGUGGUGUUGGUGAUGACAGUGCGCACUCUGCGGACAAAGCGAUUCAGGUGUAUGGCACUGUGUAUGACAUCUUGAAGGAUUAUGAGAAAGUUAUCGGCUAUUCUGUAUGUACGAGACCCGAUCAAAAUCCGAAGGACGACAGUGUUUCGAAUCUACCGGCCGAAUCUGACAAGAAUUUCGGCAAAUAUGAGGAAAAGUAUAUCUUCUUUUUGCAGAACAUCGAGGAUAACGGCAUUGAAACGGAAGAUAUGGAAGAAGCAGGCUUAGAUGAAAUGUCACUUCAAGAAGCGGUAGAAACGAGUCCAUUUAUUUCGCAUUUGUUGCAAGAUACCGAUUUACCUGUUGUAUCUACUGAUCAAUCGGAAAAUUGCCAAGAAGAAAAUGAACCAAAUUCGAGUGAUAGCAUUAUUAAUUCAGUGACCAAAGAUGACGAAAGUGACACACUGGAUGAGAAAACUGAUAACGAAAUUGUUAAUAAUUCCACUACCAACACAGAAGGGACGGAUAUGCAAUUAGACGACAAAUUGCAACAAACGGAACAACAAACACAAGAGACUUCUCUAGAUACGACUGAUGGAGAAGCGAUAAUGUCAGAUAAUAAAGAAGCAAACUCAAAUAAAAACGAUAAUGUAAUAAACAUGGAAGCAGUUGCUCCCACGGGAAAUGAGGAGGAUUGUACUAUUAUUAAUUAAUGAAAGGGAUUGUUUGUUAACGUACUGUUUUUGGUUAAAUACUCUUAUGAUCUAAUUGUAAUUGAUGAUUAAUAGAAAUGCAUUUUGAUUUGGAAUUUUGAUAUUUUUCAAAAAAGUGCGAUACCUCAGAAAUAAUUUGUAUUGUAUAAAACUUGUACAUUUCAUUCAUAGAUUUGAAAGAAGUCCGAAAUAAAAUAGAAUUCUGAAAUAGAAAAGAUUUGUUUUCAAAAAAAAAAAACUUUUUUGAGUUUAUUUUUAAAACAUACAAUACAUAUUUUUAAUAUAUUCUGAACAUAUAGACAACUUUGUCAAGAAUUCGCUUCGACAAAUAUCUUAGGAAAUAACAUCUCUAAAUUGUAUCUAGCCAGAGAACUAGCAAUAAAUACGAUUUUUCUUGGAA